AUGAAUUUAGAAGAAAUUGGGAUCAUGAAAGAAUUUAAAAUAAUAUUACCUCACCAAUCACACCGGACUAUAUAUUCAAAACGCAUUCAGUUAUAUGGUAAACUGAAGGGAAUUCCAUACGAGUAUGUGGUAGAAGAUUUGGUGAACAAAAGCCCUUUGCUCUUCAAGUACAAUCCUGUUCACAAGAAAGUACCUGUGCAUAAGGGAAAGCCAAUUGCUGAAUCGCUUGUAAUCCUUGAAUACAUCGAUGAAACUUGGACUCACAAUGGUCCUGAAUUCCUUCCUCAAGAUCCAUACAAGAGAGCCCAAGUUCGUUUUUGGGCUGACUUUAUCUACAAACAGCUGUUUGAUGCAUUGUACUCAACACUCAAAACAAAUGGAUAAGCACAACGGAAAUUCAACAAGGAAGUGCAAGACAAAAUGCAUGCACUUGAAGAGGGAAUGAACAAAUUUAUUUUAGAAUGCACUUCUUAUUCUUUUGUCUCUUCUGGUCCUUCAGUCGACCAACAAAAAAUGGGACCAUUGGACAUUGCUAUUUGUUGUCUAUUGGGGAUUCUCAAGCCUCAGGAAGAAGUACUUGGCAUAAGGUUUAUAGAACUGGAAAAGACUCCACUUCUAUGUUCAUGGGUAACAGCUCUAAUUAAUCUACCUUUGGUGAAAGAGACAUUCCCUCCACAUGAAAAAUGGCUGCCAUUUAUGCAAUUGAUAAGGCUUAGCAAGAUUGAUUACCAUGUUUGCGAAAAAGGUUUAUAUAAGUUGGACCUCUACUAA